AUGGCUUUCAAUGACCUGAUGCACAGGCAGUUCGAGUACAAAGGCAACCGCUUGCCGGAAGAAGUCUCCGAGUUCUCUGGUACAGUGGUGUCCAAUCUCCACCGCGCCGAGGAUAUGGCGAAGAAGGAAAUGGUCGCUGGUGCGAAGGACCUGGUGCGAAUGGCGGAAGAAGUUCGAACCAUGAUCAUGGCUUCCACGAUGCCUGCAUCCAUGCUCCUCCACUGCACUGGCAAGGAUUAUGGAAUCGCACCCCAGCCAUGCAUACCUUCGCCAACCCACAGCGUCCGCACCGUUGGGCCCAGCUAUAUCACGCUGGCGCACCUUCCUGCAGUUGUAGGGCGUACAAUUAUGUAA